UUGGCUUAGCGCCAGACUGCUGAAAGCUUCGGGUGAAUUCUACUCUUCUCUAUCCUACAGUAUUUUUAGCCCGGACUUCAAACCCCUGCACUAGUUCUCUUGUCUAGUUCACAGUGAGCACUGAACAUUGUGAGAGUUUAAUAUGCCUGAGAAACAGCUUGAGUUGUCUAGAAGAAAUGCAUUCUUCACUGAUCCCUUCUUUACAGAUCUCAGAGCAGGUCUUGGAGGAGAUCUGGAGAGAAGGCUAGCAGAGGUGUCAGCUAGAUCAAUGGGACUUGCUGGAGCUGGACUUAGCGAAGCAGCUCAUAACAUCCAAGUGUCAGCUUCAAAUGAAAAGUUUCAGAUUCAACUAGAACUCCCUGGAUUUGCUCCAGAGGAUUUUGGUCUGAAGACUAAAGAUGAUAUUGUAAUUGUUGAGGCUGUCCAUGAGUCCACUGAAGAUGGAUCUUCUGGAACUCGAAGGUUUAUCAGAGAGUUUAAGAUGCCAGCAGGCGUUGUUCGGGAAAAACUGUCCAGCACCUAUUCAGGAAAGGGUAUUCUAACGGUUUCAGCACCUCGAGUCCUCACUUGCCCUGAAGGAGCUGAAAUUUCCGAAGCUAUGAAAGCACAAAGUCAGGCUUAUGUAACUGACGAUGGCACUGCUGUAAAGAAAGAUGAAAAGGCAAGCAGCCAAAGCAUUGCUGCUACAACUCAGUCCCCAGAUGGAUCAACCACUUCAAGCUUUAAAUCAACAUCAUCCUCUUCAUCAUCGUCAACUAUGAUGUCAUCAGGAGGGCCAAUGCCAGGAGGUAUGAUGUCUAUGGGAGGUAUGGGAGGAAUGGGAGGAAUGGGAGGAAUGCCUAGCUUGGACAUGGAUGGCAUGAUGAGCAAAAUGAUGUCAGGAAUGGGAACCAUGGACAUGAGUUCUGGUCUGUCCAAGUCCUCUUUUGCCUCCUCCUCAUCGUCCAGUUUCUCCAGCUCUAGCUCUUCCUCCAUGAUGUCCUCCAGUAAUAUGCUUGGAGGAAUGGGGAUGCCUCCAAUGCGUGGGAUGGAAAUGCCUGGUUUAUCUUUCGAAGAAAUGUCCUCCAUGCCCCCCACAGCCUCAACUGUAGGUGAGAAGCCUGAGUACACGGUGACCUCCCCUCCAAUGUCUCCUCCUCCUCCAGAAGAGAUGAACCACAAGGUUUACCAGACUGAAGAUUAUGUUCCUCCCACCACCCAGACAGCUGAGGCAACGGUUCUUCUCAAAGUCAAGGAGGGAAACGAAUACAAGCUUGCUCUCAACAUGCAACAGUUUACUCCAGACGACAUCACAAUCAAACUCAACGGAAAUGAGCUGACCAUUGAGGCUAAAAACGGUGGAGAGUCCUUCAAGCAGAAACAUAUGAUCCCUGAGAAUAUUGAUCUUGAUGCAAUGUCAUCUUCAUUUUCUUCUGACGGAGUUCUAGUUAUUAAAGCACCUAAAAAGUAAUACCCCCCCCCCCUCCAUCCUUCUUCGUUCUAUGGAAUUUGUAUCAAGUAUUUUCGUUCCUAAGAUUUUACAAAGCUUUGUUUGUUCCCGUGAUUUAGCAAAAUCUGUAUUUAUUAACAAUUGCCCUUUUUAUUAAUUACAUAUACAUUCACAAUCUGAUAAAUCUUUCUAUGCGAUCAGUUAUUGUUCAUGCUAUUUAUUACUUUCAUAAUAAAGUUUUAUUGCUGAAU